AUUUUGCUUCUAGUUUUGUCCAGUUUAAAUCGUCAUUUAAGAUCACUGCCGAUUUUGGAGAACAAUCGGAUACGACCGAUUGUGCAAUUUCUGGAUUCGCUGGAUGCGACACAUGCACGUAUGUCCAGAUUUAUACCAGACUGCCUGUACAGCGCUCAUGUUGAAGGUGCUACUGAGUCGUCGAUCGUCAACUUGUGUGACAUCAGCGGCGGACUGUUCGGUACGCUGGCACUGCCGGACGGAACUUAUCUCGUUGAGCCGGUGAAGGACGAUCAGAAGCAAAGCAAGCCGUCGUCGUCCAAGGCCCAUAUCGUGUACAAAUCCCGAUCUCAUUCAUUCCACAAAUGCGAUUUUUCUAGUCCUUCGUCUUCUUUUGCCGCUACUACCACUACUGCUGCUACAGCUGCUUCAUACUUAACAGUUGAUAACACUGCCAAUUAUGUUGAAACUCAUAAUUAUACUGCCUAUCGCAUAACCAACGACAGCAUCAACAGUGACGCUAUCACUGCCUAUUAUACGAACUCAGACGCCCAUCUCACUGGUAACUCUUCUUUUUCGCAACUUUCUGAGCGUAGUCGUGCUGGCCUUAUUUUCACCAUAUUUCAUCUGCUAACGAAGACGAUAUUAAACUCGCGAGAAUAUAGUGAUAUUGACAUCGCUUCUGGAUUUCAGUCGAACUGA